GAGAGAUUCCCCCAUUGUUUGAACGGCUGGGGUCGAGAUCCCUCGAGGGACCUGCGGCAGCCGAAGAGGGCAGGAGCUGGUUUGUUGUCUGGAGGUGACUUGGGACUGAAUGAUGGAGAAUCAGUGGCUAGUUGUAGAUCCUAAGCAGAAGCCUUACAAAGAAACUCACCAGGAGACCUGUGAAACAUUAGUGGCACUGACAGGAUCUUCAAGUUCCAAACCCGGUGAGAUUUUCUUGAUGAAAGAGGAAGAGGAAUCCAGCGUGCUGGAGCCUGGUAGUAGGGAGAACACAAGAAGAGCCAACUUAGGCGAGGGGAUGGGCAGUGAGGAAGAGGAAGAGAGUGAAGAGGAAGAAGCCCCACAGCAACACCAACCAGAACUGCUCAAGCUGGAUGCCAGGGUGGUUUCUGGGAACUGCAAGAGCCUGCGCUGGAGGGUGGUGCAGCCGUCCAGCAGUGGCAAAGUCCUGGCAGGAGAGGGCCCCCCCAUCCUGGUUCUGCAGAAGGGCUAUGAAUGCGAGGACUGCGGGAAGGUCUUCAGCUGCAGCUCACACUACAGCAAGCAUCGGCGAACGCACACAGGGGAGCGCCCCUUCCAUUGUGAAGACUGUGGCAAAAGCUUCAACGUCAGUUCUAACUUGUAUCGGCAUCAGCGGGCACAUGCCAGUGCCAACACCACCCCAGGGACUCCCACCCCGGCCCUCCUGCCCACCCGGGGCUUGCCCUACCAGUGUGCUGAGUGUGGCCAAUGUUUCCGCCGCAACACAGAGCUAGUGACUCACCAACGGCUCCAUACUGGCCGGCUGCCCUUCCAGUGCAGCGACUGUGGCAAGAGCUUUUCCUGGAGUUCGCAUUUUGCCCGGCACCUACGCAUCCACACCGGGGAGAAGCCCUAUCCUUGCAAUGAAUGUGGCAAGCGCUUCAGCCGCAGUUCCCACCUCUACCGCCACCAGCGCACUCAUGGCACCAAUGCAGCCGCCAACGUUACCCGUGCCUACAUCUGUACCUACUGUGGGCGCAGCUUCAGCACCACGCUGCACUUUGACCAGCACCAGCGUACCCAUCGCGGCCGCAAGCCCUACAAGUGCACCCUUUGCGGUAAAGCCUUUGCCGAUGGCUUGGCGUUGGUGAAGCACCAGCGUCUGCACUUGGUUGGGGGGGACCAGAGCCACCAAUGCUCGGAAUGUGGGCAGAGUUUUGGGGGACGGUCCCAGCUGGCCCGCCACCGCCGACUCCACGGCACUGCCGAUAAGCCCUUUGGCUGUGGGGAGUGUGGACAGAGCUUCAGUGCUCGCACUCAGCUAGCUCAGCACCGGCGGCUUCACAUCUCCACCGAUAAGCCGUACCACUGUGGGGAGUGUGGGCUCAGUUUUACGUGGAGCUCCCAUUGGGAGCGACAUCGACGCAUCCACACAGGCGAGAGGCCCUACUCCUGCGGGGACUGCGGCAAGUGCUUUGGGCGCACUUCCCACCUGUAUCGACACCAACGCACCCAUGCUGGGGGGCAGCCGCACAUCUGCCCUGACUGCGGCAAGAGCUUCAACAGCACCUUGCAUUUCCAGCGCCACCAACAUGCCCACCACCACAAUCCCGAUGGUACUCAGCUCUCUGCCCACGCGUGUGGGAAUUGUGGUGAGCCAUGUGCCGAUGCCUCCGCUUUGCUCAAACACCAAUGCGUGCACGUGGAGGAGAGACUGUAUCCCUGCCCCCAGUGCAAGCGGCACUUCUGCGGGACCUCGCGCCUUUACCGGCAUCUCAGAAGUCAUGCCCGCCAGACAGAAGGGACAGUACUGGGGUUGUCUUCCCCACAAUAUGAAGGGGUUGAACCAUGCUAA